AUGCAGUUCUCUGAAAAUCCAUCCCCAAGUUAUGCAAUGAAUGAAUGGGCUCGCCAAUCCCAUUCAAAUCCCCAUACGUACACCCCAUCCGAAUCAACAGAUGCGCCGGCCUUCGCCUCUCCUCUUGGCGCCGCCAGCUGGGGCCACGAUGGGUUCUCCCACGAUCCUGGCUUCUUAGCCUCGCAAGAAGAGCUGCGAUGUAUGCUUUUCAAUAUUGCGCACUCUGCCGCCCCAACUCGGGACCCGAGCCCGGACACGGGUGCCAAUGCAAGCGACGCGCCGCAACGCCGUGGAAGCGACCGGGCGGCGCGUCCUGUCCUGUCGAAUUUGAGGAGGAUUGAGUAUUUGAAGAAUUAUGUUGGGCAGGUUGCGCCCUGGCUUGACAUGUUUGAUUCGCAGUGUACUUUUCGGGUUCAAAUUCCUGCCUUAGCACGCUCAUUUCCUGCCCUGUUGAAUGCUAUUCUUGCCAUUUCUGCCAGGCAAAUGGAGAGGAAAGAGGGAAUUCAGGACUCGUUUGAUAGCCUCGAACUUUAUCAGGAAGCAAUCCGCCUAUUGAGUCCGUUGCUACAGAUGCGUGACCCUAAGGUUAUUGCGGCUUGUGUGUUGCUCUGCUGUCUCGAAAUGAUGUCUGCUCGCGCGCAGGAUUGGCACCGCCAUCUCGAAGGAUGCGCGGCCCUUUUUGAUUCAUUUGAGAUCAAUGGGUUCAGUAGUGGCCUUUUACAGGCUGUUUUCUGGUGCUAUGCACGAAUGGAUGUGUGCGGUGCGCUUAUCUCUGAUGGGACACAGAGCACCCUCCUCCCUCCUGGUAAAUGGCUGGCGCCUGGUUGCCAUGUAGAUGAGGCCGCGCAACAUUUUCAAGCUGCAAAAUCCCCGGAUAUGCACGCGAAUUACGCCGUUUACCUAUGUGCAAAGACGUGCGAGCUGGUGGCAGAUCGUACUCAGUUCGUUGAGCUGGGCGUGAAGAAUGACUGCUCUGGUGAAGCUCUGAAUCGCCGCUGGCUCCGACUUUGGGCUGAUCUGCAAGAUUGGAUGGAAAACAGACCAUCCGAAUUGUUACCAGUUCACACUACCACCACGAAACCGUUUCCAUACAUUCUCUUCAUGCAAUGGGCAGCGAUUUCUUCGAAUCAGCUAUAUCAUACAUCUUGCAUUUUGCUACUUAAUAUGAUGCCAAAAUCUAUCAAGUUGCAACCAGUACCCGCUAUUUCUGCGUUGUGGCACGCAAGGCGAAUUUGUGGUAUCUCUUUAGCUAACCCACAUCAAGGAUGUUUGAAUAAUGCCAUUCAGCCACUUUGGAUUGCAGGGCGUCUCUUUAGCCAUGUGUCAGAACAUGCUAUUAUCAUUGAUCUUAUUCGUCACAUUGAAGCCGAAACUGGAUGGGGUGCCUGCUGGCGUAUCAGAGAUUUGGAACUUGCCUGGGGAUAUCAAGUACCUCGUCCGGAAAGGUCCAGUGGGAGAUAUCGAAAUCCCAUAACAGGGUGA